UACUUUCAAGGCUUCUCGAUUUUUUUCCUCAAAGCUCCACUGAGAUUGAAUUUUUUGCAAUUAUGCAUGGUCUUUGUUAUAUCUCAAUUAUGCCUUACUUAAAAUUGAAUUAGAAUGAAUUUACUGUUGCACAAUUUCACAAAUGAAUUUGUUGUUGACUUUAGAGUUGUAAUUGUAUUCAAUUUGAAUUGGGAUUUAGCCCUGAGUUCUGUAGUGAAAGUUUCUAGUAGUUUAGAUGAUGAGACCUUCUCACUCAUGGCUAAAGUUCCUAUCCAUUAGAAUCUUGAUAGCUAAAGUGCCAUUUUGACUACGAACGCCAUCAGAUGGACGUGAAAAAUGACUGUUCUGAAUGGGGAACUAGAAGAAGAAAUUUGCAUAAGGCAACUUGAGGGCACCAUAUAGAAGCGAAAGGAAAGUUGAGUAUGAAAACUUAAAAUUCCUUUUAUAGCCUAAAGCAAGCAUCACGACAAUAGUUUAUGAAAUUCCAAUGACUUGGUUAAAGCUAAUUUUUUCCCAAACUAGGAGGAUUAUGGCAUAUAUGUCAAGGUCAGUGGGAUUGAUGUUGUAUUCAUCUCCUUACAUGUGAAUGACAUGCUGGUUGCCAAUAGUUCAAUGACCGUCUCUUGGAUACAAAAGCCUUCCUAUUGCAUAAUUUGAUACAAUGGAUCCUAGAGAGGCACCAUAUGUCCUGAGAAUGAAAAAUUAGAAGAAAUAUAACAUAGAGAAACUUAUUGUAAGAAAAUCCUGAAAAAAUUUUAGAUGAAGGAUUGUAGGCCGAUAUUGAGAAGAAUACCAAGUAAAGACUAGCCAUUUGUCUUAGAGAUAUAGAUGGAAAAGAAGCCAUGUAGAGAAUUCAAUAUAGAAGUGUCAUUGGGUCACUUAUGUUGGGGACCAGAUGAAAUUUAUCUUUUGUUGUGAUUAUGAUUAGCAGGUUUCAAAGUAAUCCAGGCAUGGAGCACUAAAAAUCCGUUAAAAGAGUUCUAAGAUAUCUAAAGGGGAAUUGUUGAUCUCAUGCUUACCUACGGAGAACGCUUGGAUAUUCUGAUAAAGAGAUACACCCAUAAUCUAAGCCACCUAAUUUCACAGCUAAUAGUCAAAAGGCAAUCUUAGCCACCUAAUUCCACAUCUAAUGGUAAAAAAAAACCUUUAACUUCCUUAUAUCAUAAGUAAAUGCUUUAGUGAUAUAUACUUUCACCAUAUCCACCUAAUACCUUUCCUUAUGCAAAAUACCUAAAGAACCAAACUUUUAUUUUCAAGAGAUGUAAUCCGGCCUUUUAUGACCAACAAUCAUAAACCGUAUUUUGAUUAAAUUAUUAUUAUUUUUUUGACAUAAUUUCUUUUUUUUUUUACAUAAUUUCUCAAAUCACGGAGAGGAAAUUAUUCUUCCAUAUCCAUAAAUAACAUUGUAUGAACUGAGAAUUACGUGAUAGAAUUGUAUAACUACAAUAAGACACUAAAUUCGGAAGGAUGUGUACGAUUAAAUAAGUCCCUUUUUUCCUGCUGAAAAGUAAUUCUAAGAUUUGCAAUUUCUAUGAAAAAAAAAAAUAGGUCAAGAAAAUAAAUCCCUGAUCAAUGUGCAGUUAUCCCACCUAAAUCAAAUGGACAAAGAAUACAACACAACAAAAGAAAAAAUAACCAUCAAAAAGUGCUCUGACUUCUCUUAGGAUUCCAACUUGGUAGGCAUGGCUGCAUCUAGAUUUCUACUCUUGUUGUGUUACCUCCUUGUAUUUCUUCAUGGCUUUGCUGGGGCUUCCCAUAUCCUCGAAGAGCUCAACACAAUGGAACCCACGUAUGUGAACCAACAACACAGAACAACUUAUCACUUUCAGCCUCCCAAGAACUGGAUGAAUGAUCCCAAUGGCCCCAUGUACUACAAUGGAGUGUACCACCUGUUCUACCAAUACAAUCCCUACGGUGCAGUGUGGGGAAACAUAGUUUGGGCUCAUUCAGUGUCUACUGACCUUGUCAAUUGGCAGCCUCUCGAGCCAGCUAUUUACCCAACCGCUCCCUUCGACAUAAAGGGUUGUUGGUCUGGUUCAGCCACUAUUCUCCCUAACCAUACGCCAGUCAUCCUCUAUACAGGCAUAGACACACAAGGUCGUCAAGUCCAAAACUUGGCCUUGCCGAAGAACCUAUCAGACCCACUUUUGAGACAGUGGGUCAAGCCGGCUCAAUAUAACCCGAUCAUUGUCCCAAAUGGGCUCAAUGCUAGCUCUUUUAGGGAUCCAACUUCGGCUUGGCUUGGAAAAGAUGGGCAUUGGAGGGUGCUUGUUGGUAACAAGAGGGGUAAAAGGGGCAUGGCCUUGCUGUACAGAAGCAGGGACUUUGUGUGGUGGGUAAAGGCUAAGCACCCUCUUCACUCCUCAAAAGACACAGGCAUGUGGGAGUGCCCCGAUUUCUUCCCUGUCUUAAAGAAAGGGCAAUUGGGCCUUGAUACUUCAGUUAACGGCCUGCACGUCAAGCAUGUGUUAAAGGUGAGCUUGGAUGAUCUGAAGCAUGACUAUUAUACAGUGGGUACCUAUUUACCUUAUAAAGACCGGUACGUACCAGAUAACUCAUCAGUUGAUGAUGGGACCAGUCUGCGUUAUGAUUAUGGAAAGUUUUAUGCAUCAAAGACCUUCUUUGAUGGGGCAAAACAUAGGAGGAUUUUAUGGGGUUGGAUGAAUGAAUCUGAUAGUGUCAACAAUGAUGUUGCCAAAGGCUGGUCUGGUGUUCAGGCAAUUCCAAGGACCCUUUGGCUAGAUAAAAGUGGUAAGCAAUUGGUGCAAUGGCCAAUUGUAGAGAUUGAGAGCUUGCGUGGUAAGAAAGUUGAUAUCAUUGACAAAGUGUUGGGCAGUGGCUCAGUGGUGGAGGUUCUUGGUGUCACGACUGCACAGGCUGAUGUAGAGGUGACCUUUGAGCUUCAUAGCCUUGACCAAGCCGACAUUCUUGACUCAAUGAGCUUGACCCAGCCUCAGCUCGUUUGUAGCAAGCUGGGCUGCUCUAACACCAAGCAAGGGGGUGGGUUUGGACCCUUUGGGUUGUUUGUGUUGGCCUCUAAAGAUCAAGAAGAGCGAACUGCGGUUUUUUUCCGAAUCUUUAAAAAGGCAGGAAACCAACAUGUGGUGCUCAUGUGCAGCGAUCACAGCCGGUCAUCUUUGAAAGAGGAUGUGGACAAGACUGCAUAUGGUGGCUUUGUGGAUGUGGACUUAGCCCAUGGGCCCAAGCCCACGUUAUCUCUCCGGACACUGAUCGAUCACUCGGUGGUAGAGAGCUUCGGAGAAGGCGGGAAGACGUGCAUAUCUUCUAGGAUUUAUCCAGUGAAAGCCUUGGGAGAGAAUGCCCAUCUCUAUGCCUUUAAUUACGCGCCUGCCCCCAUCACCAUUUCGAAGCUUAGUGCAUGGGAUAUGAGCACAGCGAAAAUCAAUUAAUUAUCUCACAAUAUUGUUAUUAUUCAUGAAAGUUAAUUUUUUUUCUUUUCUCUCUAAUUUUAAUAAUUGUUAUUUGCUUGGGCAGUUGAGUAGGGGAUAAUUAUCUUUAUUUUGACGUAUAUGGAGGAUCUGAUUCGCCAUUGUGAAUCUUUAACUACCCAUUUUGAAUAUUGACCAUGCAUUUUAAAAGGAAAGAGAUGUGAAUCUUUUAUUUGGUU